GUGUACGUAGCCAAUUUUAUGCUCUAUGGUCUCAACGAACUAAUUUUUUUGUUGUUUUUAUUUUCGUUGGGGGUCGGGGGAUGAAAAAGUUUUAAAAGUUUGGAUUUAUGUGGUUAGACUGAAAUUACUUUUUAUUGAAAUUCUUGUUUCAAAAUGCCCGAAAGUCCUUCGAAAUCUACAUACCAAUGGCGAAAUCCUGCUGAAGUAUUGAAGCUCCAGCAACUCAAAAUAAAAAAACGAAAUUUACAAAAAAGAAUAAAUAAAUCUAACAUCAAACCAGUUACAAGUGAUGAGAAAAACCCAUUCGAAAAUGUAUUAUCAAAUCAAAAACGAAAGAAUCCCUUUGCCAAAGAAGAAAGCUGCAAAAAGAGUAAGACCGAUUCUUCCCUCGGUUUGGAAGAAUCAAGUGAUGGAACACUCUUUAAAUUAAUUCAUGGUUCUACUUCAUCAAUCACCAAUGGUAAACCAAAACUGAUCUCCUUUGAUAAUAUUCUGAAUAAAUUAAGUUGUCCAGAGGAGACUGUUGAAGUUGUGAAGGCUCAUGGUGAAAAAUGGUUACCCAUAGAUUGGACUCUGAAAACAAAGUUAAGGUUGUUAUCUUUCAAACCUUUUCCUUGGAACCAAAAACUGAAGUUGAGUGAAGAAGCUUCAGGUAUUACCGGUUUCACCCGAUGUCUAGGAGCUAAUAGUAAUACUUAUUUGGACACAUCACCAAAUGCAAAAUUCCAUCAGUGCUGUUUGUUUUGGCAACAACCUUCUUUACCCUGGGUUAAACUAUUCCCUAGAAGUACAAAUAAAUCCUCAGGAGGUGGGAUCAGUUUAGCUAGCAGUGCUGAAGUACGUGACGGAUUACAGAGUGCUUGGUUUGAUGGUUUACGUUCUCUAUUUCAACUCAUCAGAACACGACAAUGUCCGUACUUCUAUGUUUGUGCAAAUAACUUCACGGUAUUGUUCAGAGCUGCUGGAAUAUCUGGAUAUAGUGAUGUACAUGCACUUAUCAGUCCUACUACAAGAGGUCUUAGACGAUUGCUCAAAGCCGAAGAUAUUGAAUAUCAAAUGCCUCUUAAAAAGAAAAGGAUGUCGGAUCAAGGCUAUGACACAAUGGAUACUACAUGUGACACAACUCAAGAUUCUGAACAGGUUAUUGUAGAUGACGACGAUGAUGAUGAUGGUGCGAAUGACGACAUUUGGCUGAAAAACAUGGGAAUAAAUUCGGACGAUAUCAAACAGAUUAAAUACACACAGCAAAAAAUUGUGCUUAAAGCAGAAUGUGAAGUAGACAAUAGCGAGCAGAGUCUAGUAUUGAUAGAGGGUUCAGAAGUACAUUCUUUUUACAACUUCCUCUUGAAUUGUAAGAGUGCAGUGUCAAUCAGUGGUUCAUUAGCAGGAGUCCCACCUACACUGUUAGCCCCUGUUGCAUUCAAUGGGGCUACUUUGAAUGCAUUAAAAGUGAGGGAGAACAAAGUAAAAGUUGACGAUUUGAGUUACUAUUCCAUAGAAUUAUGUGGACCUAUUUUGCCCUCAACCAUACAUAAUAUUUUCAGCAUUCAUCCACCUGAAUACGAUAUGACUGCGACCUUUCAUAAUUUAGCAUCUACAUCAGCCUUCAGUAAAACAGAACCAAAUGAUAAAAGUAAAGUGAAAGACGGAAUUGUUUUCGUCAAAGAAAAUUUGUCAGAUUGUGGCUUGAAUGACACGGUUUUAGAAAAGUUUUGUGCAGUGGAUUCUAAAAAUAUUGCAAAUGUAGAGUGUAUUAAGUAUGACAGUGAUAAUAAAACAUACACUUGGACUUAAACUGGGUUUUUAGUCAAAAUGAUUGCGUUUAAUUUUAAAUGCCAUGCAUCUUAUAGUGUGUAAAUAUUAAUUAUUGUAAUUUAUUUAUUGAAGUAAAUAUAUUAUUUUUUUAAA